AUGGAGCUCUCGCAGGCCUCGGGUGCCGCCACGUGCACGGCCGUCGUGGUGACGUCCGCGCUUGUCGCCGCAGGCGUCGCCGCGUUCUCCAGCGGGGCGCUCUCGCGCACCGCGGCGGGCGUAACUACGGGCGGCGCGGGGAAGGAGGCUACUAAUUCCCGUUCCGACGCGGCUUCCGCGAAAGCGUCGAAGGCGAUGGACGGCGUUGUGGCGUGGCUGCCCGCGGAGAUCGCGACGUCGCUCGACGACUUCCCCUUCUUCCUCAAAUCGGAGCGUAUUCGUACUUGUCGUGUGCUUCCGCUUUAUCUUGAUCGGUCGGUGCGGUACCAGGCGGAGCUGUGCAAGGGGCUGGCCAAGAAGUUCGACGCCGCCCUGUUCCUCCUCGACGCCUCCUUCGUGCACCUGCUCUCGCAGGUGCCUGGAUCGGGCUUCGCCUAUUUCACGGAGAAAGGGGACGCAGCUGCCACGCUUCAGGUGAGCUACGAGUCACCUCAUCCAGCCUUUACUGUCGAUCCAUCCGAGACAGCUGUUGGAAAAAGAGAACUUUCUGAACGUCUCUUUUUUUACAUUCUUCCGCAGGCCAUCUCCAAGGCCUCUCAUGCGCGCCCAGUGAUCUGCCUGGUGGCGAGCGCGGAUGGCUGUGCGGCAGCGCUGGCCCAGACCCUGGCGAAGCGGGUGGAGGGUCCCCAUGGCAUGCUCGUCGUUGCCUCCUGCACUGCUGCCUGCGAGGACGUGCACGCAGCAUCUUACUCUGACGUGGAAGUGCGCGCUCCCAAGGAGAGUGAGAAGGUGCGGGCGUGGGAGGCGAUGCUCAAGGAGCAGAGUCACUACAUGGUGUGCGAGCGGAACAUGCAGGCCAUCUUCCUGGCGCUGAAGGCGCGCAAGGUGACGUGGGAUGAGGACGUGGCAGACGCGCGGUUCAACUUCACGGCCGCGCUCACUGCCGAUGAGGUGGAGGACAUCAUCAACAUGGCCCUGUCGGAGCAGAUGCUUGCCGGCCGCACCAACGCGCAGUUGCACGUCACACGCGACAGGCUGGAGUACUCGCUGAGUCUCUUCUUCGAUGAGGAUGGUGCAUGCCAUGAGAAGACCGCCGUCACCAACGGCCAGGUGGGGCAGGGCAAGGAGCCAGUGGCGGUGCACAAGGCGGUGCUGCGCGUGGGCAUCCCCAAGGGCGACGAGGGCGCGGGCUCCAAGGUGGGCACGCCCAGGGGCGAUGCGGUGAGGACGCCCCGGGCAGCGGAGGCACUUGCUGCCAAGGUCGCCUCUCCCAAGGUGGCCACGCCUAAGAAGCCAGCUCCAGCCCCUGCCCCGGCAGCGGCAUCUGACGACAACGACUUUGAGAAGCGCAUCCGCCCGGAGAUCCUGGCGCCGGGCAGCAUCGGAGUGACGUUUGAGUCCAUUGGAGCGCUGGAGAGCGUGAAGGAGUCGCUGCGGGAGCUGGUGCUCGUGCCGCUCAAGCACCCCGAGAUCUUCAACAAGGGCGGCCUGCUGCAGGCGUGCAAGGGCAUUCUGCUGUUCGGCCCGCCGGGCACGGGCAAGACGAUGCUGGCCAAGGCGGUGGCCACGGAGUGUGGGGCGAGCUUCAUCAACGUGUCCAUGUCCACCAUCACCUCCAAGUGGUUCGGUGAGGACGAGAAGAACGUGAGGGCACUGUUCACGCUGGCGGAGAAGGUGGCGCCCACCGUCAUCUUCAUCGACGAGGUGGACAGCAUGUUGGGGCAGCGCAAGGGGGCGGGGGAGCACGAGGCGAUGAGGAAGAUAAAGAACGAGUUCAUGACGCACUGGGACGGGCUCGCCUCCAAGGCGGGCAGCCGUGUGCUCGUGCUCGCCGCCACCAACCGCCCCUUCGACCUCGAUGAGGCCAUCAUCCGCCGCUUCCAGCGCCGCAUCAUGGUGGGGCUGCCGGACGCGGGCAACAGGGAGCUCAUUCUGCGCUCCAUCCUGCAGCACGAGCACGUGGAUGCUGACGUGGACUACUGUGAGCUCGCGCAGCUCACUGAAGGCUUCUCAGGGAGCGACCUCAAGGAUGACGGUGCUAACGAGGAAGCAUUGAAGCUGAGGCCACUGACCUUGAAGGACUUUCGUGAGGGCAAGAACCAGGCAAGUUGUGCCAUGGGUGGUAUCUUGACCUGCACCCGUGAUAUACGGUACAUACAUGGUUAUUAA